GGGACGAACCACGGUGAAGGAAGCUACUUGGCUUCCUGGCUGACAGGCCAAGGAGGAGGCUGACGGUUGUUUGCUGUUCCCAGAGCGGAGGGACCGGAUUUGGCCUGGAGAGCUUCUGGCCUGGCCGGGAGCCGAGGGGCUUCCGGCUGCCGCCCUGGGAGCCCUGCCCGCCCUCUUUCCCCAUCCCAGAGAGGGCUCCUGCCUGUCAGGCUCAGGGUGGGGGACAGUCCCAGGGUCUUCCUGCCAGCCCUGCUACCCACCACUUUGUCCCCAGCCAGGCUAGCUCGGGACCCUCUGUCUGGGCGGACAGUCCUGUGAACAAUUUAGAAAAGUGCUCCUGCCAGCUCGGGGGGCAUGGACUCCCCGCGGAAAACACAGGCGGCUCAGACCCGCUGUUUCCUGUCUGUCCUGGCCCAGGGGCACUGCUGGGGGUGGGGGGCUGGGACCCUGCCCCCCCCCCAAUCCAGGCUGCAGCCCGCAUCCCCUGCUCCAGCAGCCGACACCCCUGAGUCUGAGAAGGUGAGCUCCCUGGGCAAGGACUGGCACAAGUUUUGCCUCAAGUGUGAGCGCUGUGGCAAGACGCUGACUCCGGGGGGCCACGCCGAGCAUGAUGGGAAGCCGUUUUGCCACAAGCCUUGCUAUGCUACACUGUUCGGACCCAAAGGGGUGAACAUCGGAGGUGCUGGCUCCUACAUCUACGAGAAGCCCUCUGCGGAGGGACCACAGGUCACUGGCCCCAUCGAGGUCCCCGCGGCCCGAGCCGAGGAGCGCAAGGCGAGUGGCCCCCCAAAGGGGCCCAGCAAAGCCUCUAGCGUCACCACGUUCACGGGCGAACCCAACAUGUGUCCUCGCUGCAAUAAGAGGGUCUACUUUGCCGAGAAGGUGACGUCCCUCGGCAAGGACUGGCACCGGCCGUGCCUGCGCUGUGAGCGCUGCGGGAAGACGCUGACUCCGGGCGGCCACGCGGAGCACGAUGGUCAGCCCUACUGCCACAAGCCCUGCUACGGAAUACUCUUCGGACCCAGGGGAGUGAACACUGGAGCCGUGGGCAGCUACAUCUACGACAGGGACCCUGAGGGCAAAGUCCAGCCCUAGGCCCACAGCCCUGCCCCCCCACUGCCUGUCUCUCGGGGGGAAAUGACCAGCUACCCAGCCCCGUCCAGCACAUCCUGCCCUCCAGUCCAGGGCCUUCGCCAGGGGCAUGGGGAGGAAGCCACCCAGGCCGUCUCUGGACGAGGCUGCCCAUCCCCGUUUCUCUGGCCGUGUCUGCCCUUGUUCUAGCACCUGCUAGCCCCUUUUGUGUCCUUGUGGCUCUGUACCCAUGUGUCUCUACGUCUGUGUGUCUCGUGGCCCCAUGUGUCCCUGUGUAUCUCCAUGGCCCUGGGCGGGUCACUCCGAGGUGGCCAUCAACUCUCCCCUCCUGCUGUCCCAUCCCUGCCCCACAGUGUUAUUUAUCUCCCUUUGCCACUGUGGCCACAGCCACACCCCUCACGGUGUCCCUGGACGAGGCACCCUGCCAGGGCCCUCUGCUGUCUCCCACACUGCCUUGCAAGUGCCCACCUGCCACCCUCACGUGGUUCACACGCCACUGUCAAGAUUUUUGCUGUUAAUAAAAGGUUUGAGGAUUGCAAGACC